AUGUUUCGCUCACUAUUGGCGAUCACUGGCAGGCGCCCGAAAUACAUAUUUCCUGAAGUCGAUCCGAAGGUCGACGGAGAUGACUGCCGCACCGACUGCAAUGACUGCACCGUGAAAUGUCCCAAAAACGUCAAGAUUGACACCACACUUCCGAUGUACGGAUUUAUCAAAGAGUUCCACGCGCACAUACUCGUUGCAACGGGGAAAACAGAUUGGAUCCGGAAGGUCGAACAAGAGGAUGGAAGUUUAAUGGAGGCAUUCAAAUCGGACGCAAAGUCCAAGCAUGGUCGUCUCAUGAUCUCCGCGUCCAACCUCACUCCACCGGGUGGAGAGGUGCCUGAUACCUCUAAGACAACAGUCCUCCUAUUGCCAUCGUUCACCUUUGUGGAUAAUGUUUCUUACUCGGAUGCCCAGAACGUGGUCGAAACUUUCAUUGACGUGCCACCGGGUAAUCCAACCCAGUCCAUAAGCAGUCCACGAUUGACUUCCCGACCAUGUCCACAUGACUAUGUAGUCCUGCUGUGCUCGCAUAAGCGGCGUGAUGCGCGCUGUGGAAUUACCGCACCGUUGAUCAAAAAGGAGAUGGAGCGACAUCUGCGCGGACAUGAUCUUUACCGAGAUAUGGAUGAUGAACGACCUGGCGGUGUGGGAAUUUACUUCGUCUCCCACGUUGGGGGUCACAAAUUCUCUGCAAACGUGCUGAUCUAUCGGAAGAAAGAACAGCAGAUGAUCUGGUUGGCUAGGGUCAAGCCGGAGCAUUGCGAGGGGAUUGUGAAUUACACAAUCCUGGAAGGGAAGGUUGUUCAUCCGGAUUCGCAGCUCAGAGGGGGAUUUGACAGAGCUAAAGGGUUGACAAGCUGGUGA